AUGGUUUGUCUAGCUUCCGUUUAUGGAAAAUGGGUGGUGAUGGAAGACAAGACAUGGAAUUUUGAGGUCGAUAAAGGAAAAGGAGGGAGGAUGUUCUACUUGCGUGAUGGUUGUACACAUGAGGAGCUCCUUACAAUGGUACAAGCUGACUAUAUGCUGGAUAUGGAACCAGAGCGGGUGGAGUUAUCCUAUCCAUUACCAGAUGUUAUGCUCCAUCAAAUGCCCUCUGACUUUCCUCCUAUGUACAUCACCAACGAUGGGCAGGUCCAUAGCUUGAUAGAGACAUGCAAAACGCAUGUGCUGCGCCUUUGCAUCUCUGUUGGAAACAAGGAUAAAGGUCAGCAGAGAGAUGAGGAUAACUAUGUCGAUGAAGAUAACUAUGUGGAUGAGGAUGAGUAUGAAGAGGAGGAGGAACUUUCAGAUGUAAACUGGGAUGCAAAUUCAGAUGAAGAAGUUGAGGAAGAGUAUGAUGAUGCAGGGGACGAUGACUAUGUGGAUGAAGAUUUUGCAGGAAAGAAAGCUGAAGACACGGACGCAGACUAUAGUGAGUAUGGGAAAGUUCAAGAUGAAGAUGAUUGGGAGAAAAAACGCUUUGAAGAAAGGCUUCGCAGAGGUGAUUUGAAUGGUCAUGGGGUAGGAUUCGAUGGGUCAGGCGAUAUAUCAGUUGGCCAGAGCUAUGUAAGCAAGAAUGAUCUCAUAUCUGCCUUGCGAGUGAAGGCAGUGAAGUCUAGAUUCGCCUUCAAGGUUUCUAAGUCUACUACCAAGCUCUAUGUGGCAAAAUGUUUUGUAGAUGGAUGCAAAUGGAUGUGCAGAGCUGCUAUAAAGAAUGAGGCAAAGAGGUUCUUUGUCACAAAGUAUGUCAAGGUUCAUACAUGCUCUGUGGUGGACCGUGCUCGAUUCCGCAAGGGAUGUACUCCAAGGUAUCUUGGGCAGAUAUUUGUAGAGCAGUUUGGAAUCAUUGAUGGAAUUGUCCCAAGGCAUAUUGCUUCCGCGAUAAGGGUGUUGCUUGGACUUAAGCUUAACUACACCACUGCUUACAGAGCUUUAAAAGCUGCCCAACUUUUUGUUAGGGGAACACCAGAAGCUGGAUAUGCGGCUUUGCCCUCGUACUUGCGAAGAGUGAAGCAGUCAAACCCGGGCUCCGUGACUGACCUUGUAUGUGAGGCUAAUGGUCAAUUCAAAUACUGCUUCUUGUCCUUGUAUGCUUCAAUGGUUGGCUUUCAGUACUUGAGACGUGUUAUUGUGGUAGAUGGGACUCAUCUAACUGGAAAGUAUGGAGGAACAUUGCUGGUUGCAGCCGGACAAGAUGCUAAUUUUCAGGUUUUCCCGUUGGCAUUUGGGAUUGUAGAUGCCGAGAAUAACGAAUCAUGGGGGUGGUUUAUGAACAAGUUGCAGCAAUGCUUUUCAUCUCAUCACAUGGUCAUUAUUUCGGACAGGCACCCCUCCAUACCUAAUGCAUGUCUCAAUGUUCUACCUUGGGUAACCAGAGGUAUUUGUUACUACCAUCUUCAGGGAAACAUUGUCUCAAAGUCAGAGCUGGGUGCAAAGGAUUUGAUGUACUUGGUGAAAGGAGCUGCAUACGCCCAUACGCUGAGAGAGUAUAACCGUUGCAUGGCAUCAAUCCGGGCUGCUAAACCUGCACUUGCGAACUACUUAGAGUUAGCAGAUCCUAAGUUAUGGUCCAGAGUACAUUUUCCAGGGGAUAGAUACAAUAUAAAGACAAGUAACAUUGCUGAAUCUAUCAAUUCCGCAUUGAAGAGAGCAAAGGGCUUUCCAAUACCGUAUCUGCUGCAAUUCAUCCGGGAGAAGUUGGGGGUUUGGUUUGCCAAAAGGCGAGAGGACGCCUUGAGUCUUCAGACCCCAUACAGCAAGGGAGUUGAAUAUUUGCUAGCUAUUCGUACACACCACGCAGAAACAUACACUGUGGAACACAUAGAUGGAUGGACUUUCAAUGUUAUAGGCGGAGGAGGGCAUUAUAUUGUGAAUUUGGAAAACCGUUCCUGCGAAUGUGGUGUAUUCCAGAUUGAGAAAAUACCUUGUUCACAUGCGAUUGCAGCGUCUACUGAGGCAAACAUGCACAUUUCGCAAAACGUGUGUAUGACAUACACGAAAGAAUCUUUGUAUGCAACAUAUGCACGUCCCAUAUACCCGGAGCCUACAGAAGAUGCAGAGGAAGAAGAAGACAUUUGCUUACCUCCAGAAGUGGCGCCAACUCGUGGCCGGAAAAAGAAAUCAAGGUAUCUAACAUGGCUAGAAUUGUCAAGGAAGAGACAGCCCAAACCAAGGAAGGUCCACAAAGUUUAUAGCUGUUCGUUGUGCAGGGUUCCAGGACACACCCGACCUCAUUGUGUAAGCCAUUGA